UCCGCGCCUACAUUACCCACAGCGCUCCGCUCCGCUCGUAGCGCGGCGCGCCGGCCGCUUCCGGCGCGACCAUUUUGUUUUUCACCGCUCGCCAAGGGUACCGGUGGUGAUUUCCUCGUCAGCAUGUUCCCGGUGGCCAGGGCCGCUCUGAGCCUCACCGCUCGUGGAGUUCAGCGCCCUGUGGUAAGACAGGCUCACCGCAAACAUGAGCCCAACUUCCACGACCAGUACGGAAACCUGGUGCUCCUUGGUGGAGCCGCGGUUUUUGCUGCUGUCUGGGGAUAUGUGUUUACAGGUGUUGGAAUGGAGUGGGGCCUGUCGCCUGUCGGCAGAGUCACUCCAAAAGAAUGGAGGGAGUAACAGCCUUUGCUUGUCACGAACUGCUCUAAACACUCACUGAAAAACUCAUCACACGAAGGCAUUUGUUCCUUGAUUACCACUUGUACAGUGGCAUUCCUGGUCUAAUAAACAUACCUGGAAACUUG